GUAAUGCUGCAAAGGAAUCAUUAGUGGGGCAUCUCCCUGCCAAGCUGUUCCCAGCACUGUGGUUCCCUCCUCCCACUCCUCCUCCACUUCCUAGUCUGCAGCCAAAGUGACAGGAGAGAGAGCCAUAGUAACACCAGUGAGGUUUAGGGAAGGAAAAUACCUGAAAGGGUUCCUACGCCUGAUUGAUGGCUUUGCUGAACCAAUAGUGUAGUGAGAGAGGGAGCAGGGGGAGGGCUCUGAGUUGUAACCCAAACUGGGCUGAGGAUAGGUUGAUAUCUGAUGGUGUAGAGUGCUAGUGCCUUUGCAUGUAUGUGUGUGUGUAUGUGUGAGAGGGAGAGUGUGUGUAAAAGCAGAGGCAGUCAGGGAAUACAGUGUAGCAGUGUCUCUGUCUAGAGAUAGGCUGUUGCAUUUCAGUGCUAGCUGCAACAAUCUUUGGCUUUAUAAUUCUAUUUUGUUUUUUGGGGGGAAAGGGGUAUUUCUGGUUCUACAUUUUUCUCCCCUUUUUGAUUGCUGAUGAUUCAGAUCUGAAAAAAAAGAGGAUAAAAAGAAAAAAAAAAGGAAUAACUUUGAUCCAAACUGGGAUUUAAAGACUGUAAUCCAUUGAAAGCCUCUUUCUUUACGAGAAGUGCACACACCAUCUGGAAAUGUCUGAAAACAAGGCGGUGGAUCCCAAGUUAUCAACGUUGGACAGGGUGGUGAAAGCUGUACCAUUUCCUCCAAGCCAUCGGCUUACUGCGAAAGAGGUGUUUGACAAUGAUGGCAAACCCCGGGUAGAUGUCCUCAAAGCUCAUCUUAUGAAAGAGGGGAGGCUCGAGGAAAGCGUUUCUCUUCGAAUAAUAACAGAGGGAGCAUCUAUUCUUCGCCUGGAAAAAAACCUCUUGGACAUCGAUGCACCAGUCACGGUGUGUGGGGAUAUUCAUGGACAAUUCUUUGACUUGAUGAAGUUGUUUGAAGUGGGUGGAUCUCCUGCCAAUACACGUUACCUGUUUUUAGGAGACUACGUUGACAGAGGAUACUUCAGCAUUGAAUGUGUGCUGUACCUGUGGGCCUUGAAAAUUCUAUAUCCCAAAACUCUGUUUUUACUACGUGGGAAUCAUGAAUGUAGACAUCUAACAGAGUAUUUUACUUUCAAGCAGGAAUGUAAAAUAAAAUAUUCUGAGAGAGUGUAUGAUGCCUGCAUGGAUGCCUUUGACUGCCUUCCCCUGGCUGCUCUGAUGAAUCAGCAGUUCCUGUGUGUACAUGGUGGCUUAUCUCCAGAAAUCAAUACUUUAGAUGACAUUAGAAAGUUAGAUCGGUUUAAAGAGCCCCCUGCGUACGGACCUAUGUGUGAUAUUUUAUGGUCGGAUCCACUGGAAGACUUUGGAAAUGAGAAAAGUCAAGAUCACUUCACCCACAACACUGUGCGAGGAUGCUCCUAUUUUUACAGCUAUCCAGCUGUCUGUGAAUUCCUUCAGCACAAUAACUUGUUAUCUAUACUACGAGCUCAUGAAGCCCAAGAUGCUGGCUAUCGUAUGUAUAGGAAAAGCCAAACAACAGGUUUCCCGUCACUAAUCACAAUUUUUUCAGCACCGAAUUACUUAGACGUAUACAAUAAUAAAGCCGCAGUAUUAAAAUAUGAAAACAAUGUCAUGAACAUCAGACAGUUCAACUGUUCUCCUCAUCCUUACUGGCUUCCAAAUUUCAUGGAUGUUUUCACUUGGUCUUUACCAUUUGUUGGGGAAAAAGUGACGGAGAUGCUUGUUAAUGUACUUAGUAUCUGUUCUGAUGAUGAACUUGUGUCAGAUGAAGAUGCAUUUGAUGAAGAUCAACUUAUUUAUGCACAGAAGAAAGGAGCAACAGCUGCGGCUCGUAAAGAAGUAAUCCGAAACAAGAUUCGCGCUAUUGGAAAAAUGGCUAGAGUGUUCUCUGUACUGAGAGAAGAGAGUGAAAGUGUGUUGACUCUGAAAGGUCUUACACCCACCGGAAUGCUACCCAGCGGGGUUCUGUCUGGAGGCAAACAAACUCUCCAAAGCGCUACUGUUGAGGCUAUAGAGGCCGAUGAAGCAAUCAAAGGAUUUUCGCCACAACAUAAGAUCACUAGUUUCGAGGAGGCGAAGGGCUUAGAUCGUAUUAAUGAGAGGAUGCCACCACGCCGAGAUGCUAUACCUUCGGAUGCCAACCUUAACUCUAUCAACAAGGCUAUAUCUUCAGAGACCAAUGGUACUGACAGCAAUGGCAGCAACAGCAGCAAUAUUCAGUGACCACUUCCUGUUCAUGAAUAUUUUUUGUAGCUGCAAGGCAUGGCAGAAUUGCUGCGUAUCGGCAACUGGGUGAUCUUGAUGUGGGAAAAUGCUACUUACUCUUUGGGUUUUGUUGUUAAAUAAUUCAGUUUACAAUGUCAUCUGAAAACAGAUAGUCAAAUCUCUUCUAUUGUAGGCGCAUGCCUCAUCUGGAUAUGCCUAUAACUGCUUGUAGAAUACAAACAAAACACCUAUUUCUGGUAUACAUAAAUAUAUAUUUC